AGACUGCAAUAGAUGCGCGGACAGAGGAUGGGACCACAGCCCUGAUGCUGGCCGCCAGGCUAGCUGUUGAGGACCUGGUUGAAGAACUGAUUGCAGCCCAAGCAGAUGUGGGGGCCAGAGAUAAAUGGGGAAAAACCGCGCUGCACUGGGCCGCCGCCGUGAACAACGCCCGGGCCGCCCGCUCCCUUCUCCAGGCCGGAGCCGAUAAAGACGCACUGGACGGCAGGGAGCAGACGCCGCUGUUCCUGGCGGCCCGAGAAGGAGCCAUGGAGGUAGCCCAGCUGCUGCUGGGGCUGGGAGCCGCCCGAGGGCUGCGGGACCAAGCCGGGCUAGCGCCCGGGGACAUCGCACGCCAGCGCAACCACUGGGAUCUGCUGACGCUGCUGGAAGGGGCGGGACCACCGGAAGCUCGUCACAAAGCGACGCCAGGCCGCGGCGCCGGCGCCUUGCAGCGCGCGCGGACUGCAUCAGGAAGCGUGCCCCCGCAUGGGGGCGGGGCUCAGCCGCGCU